GCAACAAAUUGUUGAGGUAAAACAACAUUGAGGAGACGGCUUAAAAGUAUACUUCUUUGGCGCCAAUGCCAACGGCAUUGCAAAUGCUCCUUCUCAAAGGUAAUCAAAAUUUCCAUCAACCUGCAAAUAAAUUGAACCAGGAAGCAGUUGGUGAUAUUCAAUAAUGCCACAGUUAACAUCAUUGAAUUCCACAGUAGAAUCACUUUGUGAUGUGAAAAUUUUAAUAGAAGCAUUGAGGCUGAUUUUAUCACAUCCACUCGAAAUAUACUACUAUUGUCUCAGCUCAAAAGUUCUUCAGCUAUGCGCUACGUUAAAAUCCAGAAAAUUUGGCCAUCUGGGUCACAGUCACCUCAUAACAAAUGGGAUUCCUCUAAACACCUUCCUAACCACCAAACUGAUCGUGAUUUACGCAAAAAUUAGUGAUAUGGAAAGUGCUCAUGAACUGUUCAAUGGAAUGCCUACGAGGGACCCUUAGACUGCAAUGAUAUCCGGUUAUCCUCAAAAAGGAGAUUCUGAAUAAGCGUUGAAGAUAUUUUCUGCCAUGCACAAGGAAGGCGUGAAGGCAAAUCAAUUCACUUACGAGAGUGCAUUGAGUACACUAAUUUAAUGUGUUUGGAUAUAGGGAAGCAAAUAUAGGGAUCUGUGUAGAAAGGUAGGUUUGCAGAGAAUUUGUUAGUUUUGAGUGUAUUUGUUGAUUUGCAUUCAAAGAGUGGGAAAAUGAAGGAUGCCUAUUGUGUCUUCCAGUCGAUGGAGCGGAGGGACUUGGUCUCUUGAAACAAGAUGAUUGGGAGAGAUGUGGUCCAGGGGUUCAAUGAAGAUGCUUUUCUAGUGUUUCGUAUGAUGCUCCAAGAAGGUAGGCAAGGCUCCUGACUAUAGCUUUGGAAGAGUUUUGAGUGCCUCUGUUGGAAGCGGAGGGGAUCAUGAAAGUCAGCCUUUUUCAUGGAUACAUCAUUCAGCUCGGCUUUGGAUCACAUACAUCUUUAUGCAGAUCCUUAAUUGAUGCCUAUGUAAACUGUGGAAGCACAACCAGUGCGAAUCAAGUGUACAGGUUUAUGCAGUACAAUGACAUAAUAUCAUGCACUGCAUUGAUAAUGUGUUGGAACUUUUCAACGAUGCACAUAGAAAUGUGGGAAUUGAUGAUGUCUUGUCGUGUUCCAUGCUUAACAUCUGUGCUAAUAUGGCAUCACUGAACUUGGGAAGAUAAUUUCUUGCUAAGGCAAUGAAAUAUCAGAACCAGCAUGAUGUGGCGAUAGGCAACGCUCUCAUUGACACGUAUUCAUAAUCAGGAGUACUUGAAUUCGCCAGAUGUGUUUUCGAUGAGAUGGAGUAUAAAAAUAUUAUUUCGUGGACAUCAUUAAUCACUGGUUAUGGUAAACAUGGCUAUGGACACCAGGCAGUUGCACUUUAUGAAAAGAUGGGAGAUGAAGGACUGAAGUCAAAUGCCAUAACAUUCUUGUCUCUUCUCUUUGCUUGUAGCCACAAUGGUUUAACUGCCCACCAAUGGGAUUGCUUUAGUAAUGUGGUUAGCAAACACAACAUCUUGCCAAGAGUUGAGCAUUAUUCUUGUUUGGUUGACCUUUUUGCAUGCACUGGUCGAUUGGAAGAAGCUUAUGACGUAGUUUUCAAAAUGGUUACUGAGUCUAAUGCCUCAGUUUGGGGUGCCAUUCUUAGGGCAUGCAGCACCCAUGGAAAUGUGAUUCUUGGAGAAAUAGCUGGAGGAGUCUGUUUAACAUGGAACCUGAGAACGCAGCAAACUAUGUGGUUCUAUCAAAAAUGCGGGACAAUGCAAGGAAGACACAAGAAUUGAUGGAAGAGAAAAGUUUGUUGAAAAAUACUGGAUACAGCUUAUUUCAGUCCUUGAUUAUGACAACGAUCUUUUGGCAACAAGUUGAAAUAACAUGUUUCAACAUUUUCUUUUAGUAAUUGACUAUAAAGCUAGGAAUCUCUUGUACAUUUUACAUUUUUCUACAAAUUUGAUUGCUUUAGUUAUUAUUCAUAAAAAUUAUAUGUAGGUA